GAGAGAGAGAGAGAGAGAGAGAAAGUGCUGCCGGUGGCGGCAGUGGAGGCAACGACGGAGGGCGUAGGGGAAGACGGCGGGGUGAACCGGAAUCGGAAAUGGCUGCGAGGUGGCUGCUACUGCCGCUGGCGCUCCUCGCCGCCCACACAGCGGCUCUUCCUGAUUUCAUUAGGAUAGGCGGGCUGUUUCAUCCGUCGGACGACAAGCAGGAAGUGGCCUUUCGCUACGCCGCGGAGAAGAUCAACGCCAACCGGGACAUCCUGCCCAAGUCUCGCCUCAGCGCUCAGGUCGAGGUGAUACAGCCGCAGGAUAGUUUCCACGCCUCAAAACGAGUAUGCCACCUACUGCGCGGCGGUGUGGCAGCGAUUUUUGGACCGCAGAGCGCGCACACGGCAUCUCACGUGCAGAGCAUUUGCGACACCAUGGAAAUUCCGCACUUGGAGACGCGCUGGGACUACCGGCUUAGACGGCAGAGCUGCCUCGUCAACCUCUAUCCGCAUCCGACGACUUUGUCCAAGGCGUACGUCGAUCUGGUGAAGGCCUGGGGCUGGAAGAGUUUCACCAUUAUCUACGAGAACAACGAGGGUCUCGUGCGAUUGCAGGAACUUCUGAAAGCGCACGGACCCAGCGAAUUUCCCAUUACGGUUAGACAGCUGAGCGAGGGAUCGGAGUAUCG